AUGGAUCUCACAUCGCGAGGUUCGUUCGGAAGUGGUAGCUCGCGUCCUCCCAGUCGAGCAUGGAGCGAAAGCACAGAACGCCCAGGAUCCUCAGCUGGACCAAGGACAAUCAGCCAAGAGAUAGACCACAUCAAGACGCUCAUUACCCGAGCGAAAGAUGCACCACAGCAACACUCAGGCAGUGUGACCGCAGUGCUGUUCCGCAGCAGGAACCGGUCUGGAGAACUCCUAACGCAUCAUCACAUAUUUCACGAAUUGGACGCGCUCAAGAAGAGAAUAAAACAUGAACAGCAGGAAGUCAAGCCGACGCUGGAGAGAAGAAUCUCGCAGAUCGACCCGGGGCAAGAGUCGGAAUCUGAGGCCGAGUCAGUAUUUGACGAGCGGGAUGCAGAGCUUGAAAGAGCACAGGAGAGGUUUGACAAGCAGAAAGAGCAGCUGGAGUCAUUGCUUGAGUCUGCAGAGCGGAGAGUCGAUGGAUUGACGAGUGAGAAAGAGAAGUUACAAGAACAAUUGCGACAGUCUACGUCGGAGAAGCAAAAUAUACAGGCGGCAUUGCAAGCGGCCCAGAAAGAUAUCUCGAGACUGAAUGGACGGGUUCAGGAUGUCACCAAAGCGCUGCAACAAACCCAGAAUCAGUUAGCAGAGACACAGGCGGAGAAAGCUCGAGUUGAAGCGGAUCGCAAAACCGCUCAGGAGCUAGUCAACACACUGGAAGCUCAGAAGGCUGAAGUCCAAGCAUCUUUAACUGCAGCGAACGAAAGGUUGGUCAAGUUGGAGGAACACAACCACCAGAUCACGCAUCAUCUGCAGACUGUGAUCAGUACCCACGAGGAAAGCGAUCGCACAUUGAAGGAAGAAUUGAAUGUUCUCAGAGCGCGCUGCGACAGCAUCACUUCCGAACGCGACGAGCAACAGACCGCGAUCGCAACGCUCAAGCAGCAGCGUGAGGACGACUCUCGUCAUAAGGAGAAGAUCAACUCAAUCAGCGAUGAACUCGAUCAUGUCACACAGCAGACUGAACAAUUGAGAGUCUCCCACGCCCAGGAAAUCGAAACUAUCCGCACCGAACACGAGAGACAGCUCGAGACUGCGAGGAAGGCCGCAGACGAUCUAAAAAGUCAGCAGGCCGAGACCGAAGCGAGCGCAGAAGCCAAGCAUGAGGAGACGAAACGACUCCUUGCGAGCGAAUUGAAGAUCACCGGAGCUUUGCGCGAGCAGAUCAAGGGCUCGGAAGGACAGUAUUCGAAGGAACUUGACGGCAUCCGCGCAACACUCAAAGAUGUCGAAGAGCAGCUUGACAGUGCACGCAAAGCAUAUGCUGAGCUGCAAACCUCGGCUCAGGACAAGGAAACCUCGACAGCAUCUGCUUUUGCUGAGAAAGAUGACGAAAUCAAGAAAAUCACCGCAGAAUUGGCGACUGCUAUGAAAGAGAAAGACGCUCAGCACGAUCAAGAUAUGACCAAUCUUGAGGACGAAUUUGAUCGGGAGAAGAGUGCACUACUAUCUCAAUAUGAGGCUGCUCUGGAAGCAUUGAACCAGGAUAAUAAUGACAGACGGAUGCAACUGCUGCAGACUCAUGAGGCCGAGUGUCAGACCCUUCAGUCGAACCUCAAGGAACUCCAGGAGGAGUAUCAGACUACUAUAUCUAAAAAUCAACAAGAACACGAGACUGCCAUUCUUAAUCUGAUAGGUCGUCACUCAUCCGAGAAGGAGGUGGACCGGUCUGAAAUAGAUAAGCAGAUUGCGGAGCUGCGGAAUUCGCACGAAUCCGAGCUCGCUAUCAUGCGUGAAGAACAUCAGCAAACCCUCGCAGAGCUUGGAGGUGUGCACGAAAAGGCUUUGCGCGCUGCGGAAGAACAAAGCCUAUCUCUGGCAAGGUCUCAUGAAUCUUCCGUUAAUGACUUGAGAACUGAGCAUGAAGAGGAGAUGAACAAGCUCCGGGAGAAGCAUAUUGCAGAUAUCGCAGUCUGGCAGAAAGAGCAUGAUCAACGAAGUAGUGAGCUCAAGGCUGAUUACGAAGAAGCAUUGCGGAAAGCUGAGGAGCAGAUGCGAGAGAUGAAACGCUCACAUAGUGCCACCCUUUCAGCUGUUCAGGGUCGAUACAACGAGAAGAUUGAGCAGCUUCGCCAAGAGCAGGAUCAGAAGCUAAAGACUGAAGCCGACAAGACCCGGAGAGAAGCAGAUGGCUUGCGUGCUUCACAUACUUCCGAGAUAGUCGAGCUGAGAACCGGCCACGAUACCGCACUCAAAUCGCUGCAAGCGGAAUUGGACCAGGCUCGAGAAGAUGUCGCAACGAGACUGAGCGCAAGCGAGGCGUCCGAUGCCGAUCAUAAAAGAGGCCUCUCCAGGGCCCAAGACGAGCAUACCGCCGCCGUGGCAGCAUUGAAAGCUGAGCACACUCAGAAGCUCAACAGUUUGCAAGCUGAACUGGACAAAGCCCUAGCUGAUGCGAAGUCUUCGAACGAGGCAUCGUCUGCUUCAGUCGCGGAGAAUGAAAGUAGGCUGAGCAAGUUACAAUCAGAUCACGAUGCACAACUAUCACAGCUGAAGUCCAACCAUGACACGGCAAUGUCAUCCCGAGAUCGCGAGCUUCACAGGGUUCGGGAAGAGCUCGAAAAGGCGAUAGCUGCUUCAACGAAGUCGGAAGCUGAGUACGAAGCAAAGAUGGCAGAGCUUCAGAGAUGCCACCAGUCAGCAGUGGAGAAGAUACAGGCCGGUCACCGCGCUGAACUGGCAAAGGUCCAGGAAAGCAGCGAUCGCGGAAUUGCAGACCUCCGAAAACAGCAUGAAGAGCAGCUUGCUGCGCAGGAAGCUGCUCAUCGGGAUUCAGACGUAAAAGGGCAGAUCACGCUUGACCAGACGCUUGAAGAUGUCAGAAACCAGCAUGAUUUGGAUCUUGCGAAGUCGAAUCAAGAGUUCACACAGAAGCUGACGGAAUUGACUCGCAAGCAUCAACAGGAGCUUGCUGAGAGGGAUGCAGUGCACUUGGCUGCCUUGUCUGAUGCUCGUGAAAGUCACAGCCGCGAACUGGGCCAUUCUCAGGCCGAGGGCACUGCUCUGGCUCAACAGCUUCGUGAAGCGCAUCAGAAUGAGCUGAGCAGACUGAAAGAUGAGCACAAAUCUCAGAUCCACGCUGCCGAAGCUACCUCUACAGCCGUGAUAGACAAGGUCGGCGCUGAAAGACGGGACGAAGUGAAGCGACUCCAAGCAGAGCACAACACAGAGCAGAUGCAGACAAAUGCGAAAUACGAGGAAGAACGCAAAGCCAUCCGACGAGAACUCGACAGUGCUCAAGCGGCUCUGGCAGAGCAAGCGUCGCACCACGAGUCCGAGGCUGAGCGUGCCCGCGAGGCGCAUCGUGAAGAGCUGCACAAUGCUCAGAUGAAGCAUGAUUCUGCCCUGUCUGAAGCACAGCACGAACUCGAGAUGCUGCGCACCGAGCACGAACAAGCCCUGGCCAGCAUCAAGGGCAGCCUGGAGAAGCAGCUGGAGUCUACGCGCAACACUCACUUGAAGCAAGUCGGCAAGCUACAGUCAACCCUGCAGUCUCAACUUGAGCAAGCCAAGUCGAGCCACGAGCAGGCCCUCUCAGAACAUGAUUCGGUGUGGACUAGCAGAAUGGUGCAGAUGAAGGAAGAGCAUUCAAAGGCGAUUUCGGCCGCCGUAGCCAACAGUGACGAAAGCACAGCAUCUCGUCUGAAAGAGGUUGAGAAGCUGCAUUCAGAUGCCUUGCUCAAAGCCUUGACUGAGGCUCAGCAGCAAGCCGAUCAGAGGGCUGCGGCGGCGGAACUACAGCACAGAGCUGCGCUUGACGCCGCGGUAGCCAAAGCACAGCAGGGUGGUCAAGCGGAGGUGCGCAACCUGAAGAAGCGUCACCAGGAUGCCGUUGCCCAAAUUCGCGUCAAUGCCUCCAAGCACUCUGCCGCUCGAUUGACAGAGCUCGAGCAGACUCAUCGCAAGGAGAUCGAGUCUGCACUCGACCAAGCUCGUCGUGCCGCCGAGGAGAACAGCACGUCCCAAGCCACUGCACACAGCAGAGAGCUCGAAAAGAUUCGUCUCAAGCAUUCCGAAUUCCAGCAGGGCGAGCUGCUACGAUUAGAGACCGAGUCCGCCUCCAAGCUGGCCGAAGUGGAAGCACGUCUUGAGGAAGAAAAGGCUGCAGAGCUGGCGUCGAAACAAGAUUCAUUCACUGCAGAGAUUGUGGCAAUGCGGACAAGGCUCGAUGCGUCCAUGACGGGUCAAGCUGAGGCUGAAAGAUCUUUAGCCUCCCUGAGACAGCAACUUGCGCAAGCUGACCGUCGUGUCAAUGAUGUCAAGAAGGACUGUGAGGAGCACAUGGACGCUUUGGGUCGAGAGAAAGACGAUCUCACACAGCAGCUGGAGCAGGUCCAGGCUUCGCUCCGAGACCUCCAAGCCACACACUCGGGCGGAGCAGCGACACCAAGGACUUCCACCUCGGGCCCGCUACGGGAAGAGGUGGCGGAAUUGAAGCUACGAGUCAGCAGCAUGGAAGAAGAGCGAGCUGCAAUGCGACUGCUUCUGCAGAAACGUCUCGAUGAGAAAAAUGAGGUCGCUCGCCAGAAUGAAUUCCUGGUGAAGGAGCUUGAGAUGCUGUUGCAACAACGUGCACGUCCAAAACCCACGCCACAAAACACUCGCGAUGCACUUGUGCAAACCGAUGCGCUUGUUUCAGAGCCCAAGGUGGAUCAAGCUUCCAUCAGGCAAAUGAGAACCAGGAUAAGCCGACCAAGCACAGGCUACAGCUCUGCUGGUCGUCCUUCAACACCGCUCAGUCCUGGUGCUAGACAAGCAAAGGCCGAGGACGAAAUGGCUUGGAGAACGCGCUCUUUCGAGGAUUAUCUUGAUAAUGCACGUGCAGAGCUGUCCCAGCUCGGUAGCGUUAUCAGUGCAAACGAGGCUCUGUUCGCACGGAAGAUAGAAGAGCACGUUGGCGAGCUGCAGAGAGCGAAAGACGAGCUGGCAGCAGACUACCUUGCCAAGAUUGACACACUCGCUCGAGACAAGGACAGGAUGGAACGCAUGGUGACAUCGAAGCAGACAGCGGCAUUUGCCAAAGAUCAGAAGAAGCUUUUGGCUGAGUAUGGUGAAGACUUCGAUGACUCUGUUGAGCGGAAUGCGAUGCUCACCGGCAUGCCUGUUGAUCAAGCUAGAGCACUUCGCAAUGCCGAAGAGAAGCUCGUUGCCGAGCACAGCAAGCGUCUAUCGAAGCGCAAGUCGCAAAUUGUCCUGAAGCAUGCCGAGGAGUUCCAGGCCAUUACACAGGACUACGACCGCAAGAUGGCAGACCUGAUCAACAGCCGAUCUUUGCUAGAGGGAGACUUGUCCGUUGAUCCUUCACGAUUCGAGCAUGAGUAUGGACAGUUCUCAACAAGAUCGCAGCAGCUUGCAGACGAGAGGAGGAGCAUCAGCCCCAAGUCGCCGAGAAAAAGUGCAAGCCCGUUGAAACCAUGGCAACCAAGACGUCGUGGGUCUGGUAAGCAUCCGCCUGUUCCACAGCGCUCCCUCAUGGGACCAAAGGCUACUGCAGACACCUUCUCCCCCGCUCCGCGGGUCAUUUUGAAAGACACAUCACCUGAGCCGCAAGCAUCGCCGAUAUCUGCACGUGGGAGGACGAGCGCCUGGAUCGUCGCAGAGCAAUCGCCCGCCUUCCAGGUCAUCUCCGACAUCAAAGCAAACAGCACCAAAAGCACUGGGAUCAGGUCCCUUUAG